AAUUCACUAUUCACUCAAUAAACAUCAGAACGAGUUCAAAACUUCAGGAUAUAGCUAAUUUUGGCUGUUAAACGUGAUUAUAGGAUCGAAAAAAUCGAAAAAGUAUAAAUUUGUUAGUGGGUUUUCUACCACAGAUACUUCAGUCCCUAUCUCAGGAUGUAAAUUUUUUUAAAGGGAAAAGUUUUAAUUUUAAAAUUUUUUAAUUUCAAUUUCCUCGCCUAGAGAUUUUCUUGAAUAAAAUUCAGAACUAUGAAUAUCGAUAGAGAAUUCACUUCUCUACAAAAUGGCUUAUUUUUUUCGAAGUUAUGAUGCUUAUAACAGCUUUUAGAGUCAACAGAGUUUUCUGGGAAACCAGUUUUUGCAAUCACUUUUUCGAUGAGUUAACAAGUUUAUUAACUUUAUUUCAUAUUGCAUCAGCAGACGUGUAAGUCUAUAUAUUCCUAUUAAAAAUAACUUUUUCUGAAUAUCUUCUCAUUUAAGUUUAACCUUCUUCAUCGAAACCAUACAAAAAAGAAUGAACUUCUGUCACGAAGCAUAUUUCGAGAUUUUUAUUUGACUCAGCAAUCUGUUGCGAAAACCAGAUAGAUAUUCUAAAAACUCGUUAAAAACUGAAUAACUUCCACCUAGAACAUCUUUUUGUACCACUGCUCAAUCUGAAGAAAAAUACAAAAGUCUCUAAACGUCCGAAAACAAUUCCAUUUUUUGAAAUUCCGUCACGGUCUCCAUUUUUUCAAUAACUUUUGUAUGGCUCAACUAAUUUCAGUGAAAUUUUUUUGGUAGUAGAACUCAUGGUUCUUCUACCUAUGAUAAAAAUUUCAGAAGGUUUGCUAUCGCCGUGCGCGAGUUAUAAAUUGCAGAAUGCGAAAAAAUUAAAUUCUGUCACACUGGACCACGUUCUAUAACGUUCAAUUACACUUUCAGGACAAUCUGAAUCUAGUUGGUGUUGUGGUUGUUAUUCAUUGAUCUUUACCUCUGGCCCAGUUGUUGGUCAGGAGUUGAUUGUACAAGUCACAAAUACUGGUGGUGAUCUCGGAGGAAAUCAUUUUGAUUUACAAAUACCUGGUGGUGGUGUGGGCAUAUUUAAUGGUUGCAGUAGACAAUUUGGUGCUCCUUCCGACGGCUGGGGCGCUCGAUAUGGAGGUAUUCGUCAACGUUCAGAGUGCUCUCAGUUGCCAGCACAAUUACAAUCGGGAUGUCAAUGGCGUUUCGACUGGUUUAAAAAUGCUGACAAUCCCACAAUGACAUUGAGGAGAGUCAAAUGUCCAAAGGAAAUAACGGACAAAACAAACUGUAAACGAUCCGAUGAAUAG